GUUCGUUCAAAUCCAGCGACUGCAGUGGAGCAGCAUAGCUGGACUGUUUUUGUAGAUUUAAUCGGCCACCGUAGGACACGGAGAAGAAAUUGUUGCCCUGUUUUGAAGAAUGAUGAAGUGAAGAAACAAAAGUGGCCAAGAUGAGCAAGGUUAAAGUAACAGCAGAUAAAGUGCCUCCUAAUUCAAGGGUUCUGAAUCUCCUUGCCCAACUAGACAAAAUCAAUUCAGAGCCUUCAUCCCUGCUAGAUGCAGAAAAUGCUCGCUAUAUCACAUCAAAAAUCCUUCAUUUGACUCAAACACAAGAAAAAUCUCGGAAAGAAAUCACGGCGAAAGGUUCCACAGGAAUGGAAAUAAUCUUGUCAACCUUAGAGAAUACUAGAGACCUGCAGACCAUGCUGAAUAUUCUAAACAUUCUCAAUGAACUUGUGACUGUUGGUAAUAAAAGAAGGGGAGCUGUGGUUGUGAAUAAGGGGGGAUCACAGAUACUGGUGCAACUUAGUAUUUCUGCAUCGAAGGACCUCCCAUUAAAUGAAAAUGUUAUGGUCCAGAUGCAUUCUUUUCUUUCUGAAAUGGGGCCAGAUGACAAAAAAUUUGGGAUUAAAGUGAGACUAAGUGGAGCCUUGAACGUUACUGUGAAUUUGUUGAAGCAGAACUUACAGAAUUCAAAGCUGGUUUUACCUUGUCUUCAAGUAGUAAGAGUAUAUUCUGUCAACUCUGUGAAUGCAGUAUCAUUGGGAAAAAGUGGAGUGGUUGAACUUUUAUUUAAGAUUGUCGGACCGUUUAGCAAAAAGAAUACUGGCCUCUUAAAGGUUACACUUGACACACUUGCUUCAUUGCUGAAGUCUAAAUCCAAUGCCAGACGGGCAGUAGACCGAAGAUUCUUGAAUGCUCUUUUAGCUUUAUAUCUUGAUUGGCAUCGCCAUGAUACUAGGCACAGGCAUGUGCUGAUCCGGAAAGGCAUCUUAACCUGUAUUAAAAAUAUUACAAACAUCAAGCUUGGUAGGAAAGCUUUUAGAGAUGCAGAUGGAAUGAAAAUCCUGUAUAGUACUUCACAAGAGUGCCUUCCAGUACGAACACUGGACUCACUGGUAAAUACAUCCACUCUCAUUAUGAGGAAAUGUUUUCCAAAAAACCGUCUUCCACUUCCUACUAUCAAAAGUGCAUACCAUUUCCAACUGCCUGUUAUCCCAACUUCUGGUCCUGUGGCCCAGCUGUACAGUUUACCUCCUGAAGUGGAUGAUGUAGUAGAUGAAAGUGACGACAAUGAUGACAUUGACGCAGAAAAUGAAAAUGAAACUGAAGAUGAUGAAAGUGACCACAAUUUAAAGAAUGAUGAUCUUGAAACUGAUAUUAGUAAACUGAGACCUAACCAAGAAUUGGGAAGACCAGUAGAAGAACUCAGAAUGUAUGAACGUUUUUUUCCAGAACUUACAGAGGACUUCCAGGGCUUCGAAUUUGCAUCUGAAAGGCCUGAAAGGUCUGUCGUGAGAGCACCCAAAGGUGGACCUAUUGUGGUUCCUACAGCAGGAGAAGAUGAUAUUAGUUCAACUAGGAAAGAAUUAAACACAAUGGAGUGUGAGAACCAUAAAAAAACUGGCCCACCUGGUGUUUCUGUAGCUGAGGAACUUGAUAGACGGCCAUCCUGUCUGAAAUUGCCUAACAGAAGCACAUUUUCAUGUUGGUGUGCAGAGAAUGAAUUAGGCUCACGUUUUGACAAAUUGAGUAUGGAUGCAGAUUGUACCUCAAACACUCAUAAGUGUAGUGUUGCUGGGCAGCUUUGCUCACUAGAGACCAAACUUGGCCUUAUUAGCAGUGUCUGUCCACAGCUUUUCAGUUCCGGAGGGGCAGGACAUGAAUGCUGUACUUCCCAUCAAGAACACUUGAAGUACAGUGAGAAAAACUCAGAGGCAGACAUUGACGCAAACUGUUUUGAGUUACCUGACACAGCAGCCAUUCUUCCACUGCAUGACCCUGAGCUUUACGUAGAAGCUGCAAAACACACCAAGUCUGUCCCCAGAUACACUGAUGUGGCUUAUCCUGAUUAUUUGGGACAUAUCCCUCCUCUAGAAAGGGAAACUAUUUUAGAAAGGCCAUAUGGUGUGCAAAGGAUGAAGAUUUUUCAAGAUAUUGAGAGACUAAUUCAUCAGAAUGAUGUUAUAGACAAGGUUGUCUACGAUCUUGAUUUUCCAGGUUGCCCUGUAAUGGAUGAGGGAGAGUCUUUAAAGUUUAACUCCAGAUUUGAAUCUGGAAACCUUCGAAAAGUUAUCCAAAUUCGAAAAUAUGAGUAUGAUCUUAUACUGAACUCCGAUAUAAACAGUAACCACUACCAUCAGUGGUUUUACUUUGAAGUCAGUCGAAUGAGGACUGGUGUUGCUUACCGCUUUAAUAUCAUCAAUUGUGAAAAAUCGAACAGCCAGUUUAACUAUGGGAUGCAGCCUCUAAUGUACUCUCUUCAGGAGGCCUCAAAAUCCAGACCGAGAUGGGUACGAACUGGAACAGACAUUUGUUACUACAAAAACCACUUUUCUAGGAGUUCUAUAGCUGCUGGAGGUCAGAAGGGAAAAUCUUACUACACUCUUACAUUUACGGUAACCUUCAGGCACAGGGAUGAUGUUUGCUAUUUUGCUUGCCAUUAUCCUUACACGUACUCAACCUUGAAGAUGCACAUUCAGAAGCUGGAAUCAUUGCUCAAUCCUCAGCAAAUUUAUUUUCGGAAAGAUGUUUUAUGCGAGACUCUUGGUGGAAACGGCUGUCCUGUGAUAACAUUAACCUCCAUGCCACAUUCCAACUAUUAUGAAGACAUCUGUCAGUUCAGAAACCGGCCAUACAUUUUCCUUACAUCUCGUGUUCAUCCUGGAGAGACUAAUUCUAGCUGGGUGAUGAAAGGGUCUCUGGAGUUCUUAAUAAGCAACAGCCCACUUGCUCAGAGUUUACGGGAAUCCUUCAUUUUUAAAAUCGUUCCCAUGCUAAACCCUGAUGGUGUCAUCAAUGGAAACCAUCGCUGUUCAUUAAGUGGGGAAGAUUUGAACAGACAGUGGCAAUACCCAAACCCAGAUCUGCACCCUAUAAUUUACCAUGCCAAGGGUCUGCUGCAAUAUUUGGUUGCAAUGAAGCGCCCUCCUCUGGUCUUCUGCGAUUAUCAUGGCCAUUCACGGAAGAAGAAUGUCUUUAUGUAUGGCUGUAGCAUCAAAGAAACGGUGUGGCAGACAAACAUCAGUACUGCCUGCUCUGAUCUACAAGAAGACACUGGAUAUCGGACACUACCCAAGGUUCUAAGUCAGAUUGCCCCAGCGUUCUGCAUGAGCAGCUGCAGUUUUGUAGUUGAAAAAUCCAAGGAAUCCACUGCCCGGGUAGUGGUCUGGCGUGAACUUGGAGUUCAGAGAAGUUACACAAUGGAAAGCACUUUGUGUGGCUGUGACCAGGGCAAGUACAAGGGUUUGCAGAUUGGAACACAGGAGCUGGAGGAGAUGGGUGCUUAUUUCUGUAUUGGCCUGUUGCGCUUGAAAAGACUAACUUCUCCAGUAGAGUACAAACUUCCGUCAGACCUGGAUGGUGAUCAUGAGUUGAUUCAUUCCAACUGCAAAGCGACAAGUCCAACAACAUAUGUUUUGGAAGAAGAUGAACCCCGUUUCCUUGAAGAGAUUGACUACAGUGCAGAGAGCAAUGAUGAGCAAGAGGACUUGAAUGAUGCUGUUGGAGAGUAUGACCCAUGUGUACAGGAAGAUGAGCUCUCUGAUUCUGAAACUACAAAGAAAGAUUAUUGACUAUACAGCCACUGGCAGCCUAGGAGGCAUAUCAGGUUCCACAGAAUGGUGACAGAUCUGAGAUGAGUCCUGAAAUUCAGCCUCAGUGUGGUACAAAAAACUGAAGGAACUUUGACUUGCUGGCCACUUAAUGUGCUUUAUUUUUUCCACACUGAUUUACCAAAAAAGAUAUUCGCUGCAUAUAAGGCAGCCAGCAGAUGUCUUUUUUCUUAUUGAUUUGGAUAUACUGAGAUUCUACUCGCCUUAUUUUUAGUGAUUACUGUUGCAUGGCUAAAGACAUUUUUGCAACAUAUUGACCAGGGAAAAAACUGUUUUAGCUCCUUGUGGUGCUUUGAGUUUUACAUUGUGAGAAAUUGUAACUGUACAGCAUUUUGCUGUAGGUAUCAGAAAGCUAUGCCAUGUAGCAACCUAUUUAUUACUUUAUAGCUUAUGUUAUGAUACUCAUUUGUGCUGAAAGUAAAUCAAGCCUUGAUUUGAAGUACUAAAUUUUUAUUCUUAAUUAACAAAACUUUAUGGUAAUUGCCACUUUCCUUAAAUGUUUUCUCUACCAGUAUUUAUUAACCACUCCAUGCUUUGAAGGGCCGAACCGGUAAAGUACAUUGGCAGACAGCUACUUUCUUACUUUCCGCUGUAGAGCUAUUCUUGCAAAACAAGAUAUAUCAGAUGACAAAGCUUGUGUUGUUGGGUAACUUGUACCUUGUCUUGUGACCUUGUGUUUCAUUAAAAUAUUUUUAAAGUUUAAACCUUUUCACAUUCUCA